UGGCACGAUCUGGUGGGGAGCUGACCUCUCUGCCUGGGCAGCACGUUGGGCUCAGGGCUGCGGAUUGCUGGUCAGCAAUCACGUCGCCUGCAGCUGCUCAGCCGCAUCUUCAGCUGUUGCGUGCCCAGGUGCUGCCGCUCUUUCCCGGACAGCCGCCCUUCACGGCGGGCGGUUUCGUAUAAGAGGCCCUGUGAUGCCCGAUGGCUGCUAUCCGCCCGCAUCCAACCAUCACCCCUCCCCCGCUUACCCCUACCUGAAGACCUCUACAGUAAGCCGACCGCGCUCUUCCCUCAACCUCGCGCAAGCAGCCACCUAUCCCUCGAAAUCAACUCUCGAACCUCUACCAUGUCUGGACAAGACUACUACGGCCAAGGCUACAACCAGCCGCCCCCACAGCAGGGCUAUGGAGCUCCUCCGCAAGGCCAGUACGGCCAGCCGUCUCCAGGCUAUGGCGGCCAGGACCCGUACGCCCAAGGAGGCAGUCCAUACCUCCCUCAGCAGGGCCAAUACCCCCCUCCCGGCCAUUCUCCCUACCAGUCGCCGCCGCCUGGCCAGCAGGGCGCCUACGCUCCGCCCUACGACCAACAUCAAGUCGCUCCCUAUGGGCAGCAAGGCUACGAACAGCACAAUGAUCCGAGCCGCGGCCAGUCCCCAUAUCCUCCCCAGCAGCACGGAUACGGCGAUCCCGCUGCCCCCGGUGGCUAUGACCCAGCACAUCAGCAACAGGGCCAGUACGGAGCCCCUGGAGCCCCUGGCGCCGAAGGCGAACGUGGUCUAGGGUCGACUCUUAUUGGCGGCGCUGGCGGAGCUUUCCUUGGGAAUAAGCUAGGAGGUGGCCCUCUCGGCACGAUUGGAGGUCUUGUAGCGGGCGCCAUCGGUGCGAACGUGUUGAAUAGCAAAAGUGACAAGUAAA